CCCCUUGGAAUCCCGACUGCUGCCUUUUAUUCGUCUCCUUCACAAAUCGUGUUAUUUCGUCAGAUGCGAUAGGGUAUAUACGAGAAAUAUAGUUACAAACCAUGGCAGUACACAACAGACCGCCAAAAACUCAUCACGGGGUCUGCAUUCCGAAUGCAGCCCCCUCGCUCUCAUGUACAUCCGUUCCUUCUCUCCUUCCCUCUCCCGCACCCGUCUUCUUCCUCUUUCCUCUCUUUCGCCUCAUGGUCUUUCCCUUCACCCUCUCUCUCUCACCCUCUCUCUCUCUCUCUCUUUCACCCAGCCGCGCGAAUCCCAUAUAAUAAUCGUCCAUGCCUUGAAUAUCCCCGUCGUGGUGAGUCAUGACGUUCAAAAUUUAGAGAGAGAGCAGCCCCCCCCCCGGCAGUCGGCGCCCUGAGCUCUGUUCCCAAUCCCUUUCUGUCUCUCCCGAAUCACCAAGU